AUGAAGAGUGGCGCCACCAUUGCUGCCUUCCUAGCACUCAGCGUUCUGGCUGUCACGGAUGAAGCUCAACGAUCACCGAAUACGCCAGCGCUUCGUGGUCUACGAGAGAGCGCUGAUACUCCUGCAACGACCGAAGACAAUGAAGACUGGAACCACCACGACCAUCACCACCACCACGUGAAGAAAGUCAAGAAGAUCGCCAUUCCUGUCCCCGUGGAAGUGCCGCAGUACAUCCCUGUCCCGGUCAGUGUUCCGUCGACGGUGGUGGCCAGCUCCAACACUGCUGUGGUUGCGCCUGGAGCACCCGGCGCCCCUGGGGCCCCUGGCGCCCCUGGUGCUCCCGGAUCCCCCAAUGCACCGGGUGCUGCACCUGCCACGCCCGCUCCAACAACUACACGCGGACGCCCCGCAGCAACCCCUGCUGCCACGGUACCCGGCAGGGCGAGAGCCACACCGGCACCGACUAGCUUUGCCGGUGCGACUGUGCCUGCAGCUCAACAACCGGGCGCAUUGUCGCCGCCAGCAGGCAUCGCAGGUGGCGCCAACAACGCUCUCGGUGCUGGACUUGGUGGACUUGGUGCGGCCGGUGCCAAUGCGGGCGGGUUUCCUGGGGGCACUGGCACCUUCGGUGGCAAUCCGAUGGGCGGCUCCGGCGCUGGCGGUCCUAUGAGCGGUCUUGGCGGCGGCUUCGGUGCUGGCAAUCCGAUGGGCGGCUUCGGCGCUGGCGGUCCUAUGAGCGGUCUUGGCGGCGGCUUCGGUGCUGGCAAUCGCAUGGGCGGCGGUCUUGCUGGUGGAUUUGGCGCUGGGAACCCGAUGGGCGGUCUCGGUGGCGGGAUGCUCGGCGGAGCUGGUAUGAAUGCCGGCGGACUCAAUGGAAAUGCUAUGGGCGGGCAGCAGAUGGGCUUCAGCGGAGCGCAAGGCGGAAGCGCAUUCGGCGGGAUCGGCGGUCAAGGUGCAAUGGGGAACUUCGGCCCAAACGCGUUUGCCGGUGCUGCCGGGGGUCAAGCUGGCGCAGGUUUUGGAGGCGGCGCACCGAUGGGAGGUGGUAAUGGAUUUGGUGGAGGUUUCAAUCGCCAGCGUCGUCGUUAA